AUGAAUAUUAAAGAUUAUCUUGAUUCUAUUAAGAAAAAGCCGGAAGCCAAAACUGAACAAUAUUCAGCAACAGAACUCCUAAGCUUACUUACCCCUCUCGUGAAGCCUAAAUUACAACUACCACAGUCCAAAACUCCAGAGCGCAGUAGAGCCCCAAAACUAACCCCAGACGAAAUGAUCAAAUCAAUCAAUUCAAAACUCUUCAAAAAAGAAGCCAAGUCUCCUGCACCAGUCAAAAAAGAUAUAAUCGCUUCUCUCACUUCUAAAAUCAAGUCAAUUUCCUAUACAGAUAGUAUCAUAAAAGAUCUCGCCAAAACUAGGACUUCUAUAAUAGCUGAAGAAAACCAAAAACUUAUUAACAGAGUACUGCCUCCAGUCCCACAACGUAUGGUUGUUCUCCAUCCUCCAGUAGAAAAUAUUUUCCGAAGCGUCAUUAAUGAUAUUUCAAAUUUUUGAGUCCCAAAAGAAAUUCGAAAAAUUGGGAAACGAAAAGACCCAAAUCGCUUUGUAAUUGUGUUGCAAGAUGAAAACGCAGAAACACUAAAAGAGCUUAUAAAAGGAAAUGAAGAAAAUUUCAGAUUCCAUACAACCAGAAGAUUAAGUGCGCUAGAUAUAUCAAAAAAUGCUAGAGAAGUCGGGUCGAGCACAAGGAGAAAAUCUAUAACAUUAACAAACAAAAGUCCAAUAAAAAAAGAAAACAGUCAAAGUGAGAGCGAGUCUGACUCAGAAGAAGAAAUUAAUUGCUUUAGUGAAGAAAGAGCAGCCAGAAGGGAUGCGAAUUUUUAUAAGACGAAGCCUGAGCUGCCAAAAUUGGAAGCCUUGAACUUAAGAGACUAUAAAAAAGCAGCAGUUAGCAAUAUCUUGCAGGUGGCCACUCCUUUAGAAACUACAAAUGGAGAAGUCAUCAAAUUUGGCUAUGUGAAAAAACAAAGAGCAGGAACUACAAAUUUCCAUCAGAGAUGGCUUGUUUUAAGAGGAUUCACAUUAUAUUGAUAUCGAGACUCCCAAAGCUCUUUUGCUAAAGGGAUAAUGACGCUACCUUCAGAGUUCGUGACACCAUGCGAAGUCGGCAAAGAAAAAUGUUUUACUAUUGAAGGCUCAAAUAAAAAGCUUACAAUUUUAAAUGACAAAUUAGGCAACGGCUGGAGGGUGAUCCUGCACAACCAAAUCUGCUUUAAAAAAUACCUCGAAACAACUGACAAAUAUUUGGCUGAUUUCAUUAAUUAUUUCCAAGACCUCAAUUAUUCACGAAUUUCUCUCCAAGAUGUCGAAAUUAAAGAAACUUUUUUAAACUGUUUGGCUUACUCUUUGCCUGCACAUACCAAAUUGCAGAUAAUUGAGCUAGAAAACUGUGAACUUAGAGACCCUGACAUAGUCCUACUAUGUGAGCUACUAAUGGGCUGCACCAGAGUAGACACAUUAAAUUUAAGCCGAAACCAUCUCGGGUCAAAAUCAGCAAUUGCAAUUGCAACGCUUCUUAAACAAGAAGAAGUCAGAUGGAACACCCUUCUUAACCUGAACCUUUCGCACAAUGCCAUUUGUGACGAAGGGGUUGAGUCAUUAUUUCGAGCUUUUUCUGUCAGAUUUGAGCACCUUUAUUGGCCUAAAGCUAUACAUCAGCUGCCUUUUUAUUCAUUAGAGCUGAAUGAUAUCAGAAUGGAAGAUAAAGGACUGUAUGCAGUCUGUGCACUAUUAAAUAAAGCAAAAAGUUUGAUAGAGCAAGAAGAAGAUGUGGAGCCAAAAAUGAAGCUGGAUAUAGGCUCUAACGAUUUUACGUCAAGGGCGUUUGGCAGGUUUACAGAGUAUAUGGAGCAUUUCCAUGGGCUGAACUCUUUGACGAUUUCUAAUUGUAAAGGGCUGGUCGCUGAAGAUAUGAUUGGACUUGCAGAGUCUUUAAGAAGCAAUUUUUCACUGCUGUAUUUAGACAUGCAAGGCUUGCCUGUCACAAGAGACGUUUUUAAUGCUCUAGCUACCACCCUAGAAGACAACUAUGUCCUGUCCUGCAUAAAGGUGUCAUUUAAUUCAGAAAUCGUGACAGCUCUAAUACGCCACGCCUCCAAGCUGAAAGACUUGUUUUCAAUCCAAACGCCUGAGUAG